AUGACAGCGAGGCCACCCGAGUUCGACGACACGACCAGUAGCUGGAGCCCUUACCGUGUUCGUUUGGAGGCCUUUUUCGAAGGCCACGCCAUCACAGAUGAAGGAAAACGACGUGCGCUUCUGGUGUCGGCACUGAGUGACAACGUUGAUCGCGUGCUUCAGGGGCAAUGCCAGUCGGAAUCGGUGAACAGCCUGAGCUUUGAGGCCGUCGUACAACACCUGGACAACUACUUCGAUCCGCAAGCAAAUGAGAUUGCCGCCAGCUACGCUAUCUUUAUGCGAAGCCAAGCGGAAGGCGAAAAGGUACGGGACUACGUCACCGAUCUGAGACGCCUUGCUAAGGAUUGCAAUUUCUACAAGUUCCUGGACCGCAUGUUGCGGGAUCGGAUUGUGUGCGGGAUCCGGGAUGAAGAAGCACGACGACAUUUGCUGUCGCAAAAGAAGUUAAACCUGGCGGAGGCACAGGCAUUUGCGAUAGCAGCGGAAACAGCCGAAACAAAUGUCCGGGCAAUGCAAAAAAGCAGCUUCAACGACAACGGUGCUGCCAAUUUCGUACAGAGGCUCAGGAGGAAUCCGCGGAAAUCUGGACACGGGCCUGGCUCCAGGACCGAGUCUACACAAUGCGGGAGAUGCGGCUCGAACCACGCUUCGGAAGUGUGCAGACACAAGAAAGCGACGUGUCACAAGUGCGGCAGAAAGGGACACCUGGCAAGGAUGUGCUCCAGCGGUCGCGGUAACUCCUCGGGGACGUACGCGGUGAAAGGACCAGACGGAAGUCAAGAAGAACAAAUGAUGUACGCUUUGGUAGCUCACAGCUGUGGUAGCAACGACUCCGUACGACCGUUCGAAAAAGAUUUUGUCUGGGAAGGCCGGAGGUUACACAUGCUGGUUGAUACAGGGUCGGCUAUCAGCGUCAUUCCGAAGAGAGUUUUCAAGAGCCAUCGGCAGUGGUGGCCGGCGCUGGAGAAUACUUCACUGCGCCUAUCGUGCUUCCUGGGGCCGCUGCCUCUCCAAGGCCGAAUGACCGUGAAAGUCAAAUGCGGCAACGCGCAAGCUCGCUGGUUGUAG